AUGCGCAUCCUCCCCCUCCUAAUCACCUACCUCUUCCUCCCCAUAAUCACCGCCAAAUUCAGCCCCAUCUGCAUCCGUGUCCUCGGCGCACUGACCGGCCGCCCCAAUGAUCUCUUUACCAAAUUCCAGCGCGAAAUCUGCGACCAAGGGUGCCAACCCACCGUACCACACUGGGACCUCUGGACGCGCAACAAUACCUUCCUCCCGGCGGUGCGCAGCCUCAUGAAACACGUCGAUAAUCCGCGCCAGGAAGAGGCGAUGGUGCGGCUAGGCGACGAUGUAGCGGACGUAAUCAAGCGACAAUGCGGGCCAUUGUUGCAAGGGCGGGAUAUCUGCUCGGAUGAUGAGACGUUGGCGGCGUUUGGGACAUGUUUCAAGAAAGGGUUUGUGCGGGCGGCAUUAACUAAUUUGCCGACGUUGCUGCCGCUGGCGUCGGAGGAGGUGUGUCGCGAGCAGUAUGAGUGGUUGCAGAAGGAUGAGUUGUGGGAGGUGAUUAUUCCGGGGAAAAUGCGGGAGUAUGCGGGUGUUUGUCGGGGGUUGGGAGGGGAAUUGGGUGCGAUGUUGGUGGAGGAGUUGUUGAGUGGCAUUGUCUGGCAUCCGACUAAUUUCCAAUUUUCUCGUUACACCUCCGAAAGUGGCUUUUGGAUUAAUGAUCCAGCUUCAAAGACAUUGUAUGAGAAGAAACAGAAGGAGAAAAGAAAAAUAAGAAAAUGA